GAUGUGAUAUCGUCCAUCAUCCAUCUAUAUCUUCUUUGUUGUUAAUUUUUCUGAAUCGUCUGAAAGAAGUAUAGCUAUUAUUGAUAUCUUUAAACGAAUGUUAUACGUGUAGGAAUUCUACUUAAACAUUGCCGAUACUAGCAAAUUUCCAACGGAUGUACGACAAAGAUGCCACAUUACAUGCCAGUAGAUGCGAAGGUUGAACACAUCGCUGAGAGUGCAACUGUGAUGUACUAUCGAUGUAGUGCUUGCUGUGAGUGCUUCUUUUCUGAAGCUGGCUUUAUCGAUCAUGCAAGACAAGUUCAUUGCAAGGUUUUAAUAUGCCAAGGACACAAUGCUGAUUAUGACAGCCAGGCUGCUUCUGAUGUUGCAAGACGAGACAACCUGGACGCAUCUGCUUCUGAUUCUGUAACAACGCAACCAUCUACACAAUCUCACUCCCCAGAGAACUCUCAGCGUAUAGGAGAAAACAGUAGGACAUGGUUGGAACCUCUUCUAGAGCAGGUGGGAGACGAAUUACACAGAAUGUCAUCGUGCAUCACAACUCAAGAUCAGGAAAAAUGCGCCGACAGCGAUUGCGGUACUGAAGCUCCAUCAAGCCGCCUAAAUCUAAGCACAAACUUGGCUCCGUUAAGAAGCCUAUUGACGUCUGCGAAUAUGCAGCUGCUUCCAGUGCAGACUGCACCGCGAGUGCUGGGAAGGCUGCCAAAGGCGAACAGAAAGCAGUUCGCCCCGAAAACCUUGAUACAGUACACAUCGCAACGGCUGGCGCGCGACGCGCAGACGCCGCGGCCUUUCAUGAAGAAGUUUUCGCUGAAGGACUGGUCGAACGUGCUGAAGCCGCACAAGUGCCAGGUGUGCAGCGCCGGCUUCCGCACUCCGGCGAUGCUGCGCCAGCAUCUUGUCGUGCACACAGGCGAGCGGCCUUACAAGUGCAGCAUGUGUUCGGCUGCGUUCACGCAGUACAGCAACAUGAAGCGACACCGGCGACUCACGCACGACACGGACUCCUGCGUGCUGUGCAGGGUGUGCGGCCGCGCUUUCAGUUCGGCGAAGAGUUUGACGCAGCAUCUGAAUCACCACAAGACGUACCUGAAGAGCAGGGCUUCAUCCAGAGGAGCCGAUGCGGCACUGAUGAAAUCCGGUGCGUUUAGUGGAUUGCCGGCUGUGAUGAUGGGUAGUGAGAUUGCCACCAGUAGUGGCUCCCAGAGUCACGCUGAUACCAGUUUGGUGAAGGAGCCUUGCAGGCAAGUGGACAAAAAUGUAAACGAGAUCUCUUCUGUGGCAGUUGCCAGCGAGUACAUAAAUAUGGAGGACAUUGACAUAGACAUGUCCCCAUUACCUGUCGACGCUGGCAAAAAUCGUCAUGGACUGCCCGAGUACGGUGAAGGCGAUGGCAAUGACCACGAACUGAGGUUUGGACCAUUGUUGCAAGCAAGUACCUCCAAGGGGUCACCAGCACAGGAGGCAAAGUCUAUAGAGGACAAUCCUCCACCGACGACGUUUGAGUGUGGACUGUGCGGUUUCUCCGCCGGCUCGCAACACGGUGUGAAGCUACACAUGAGAGUACACACGGGGGAGAAGCCUUACCAGUGCGACAUGUGCAGUGAGAGCUUCCGUCAUUCCGGCACUCUGAUCACCCAUCGUCGCACACACACAGGUGAGAAGCCAUACACGUGUCACCUGUGCCCCGCCUCAUUCACACAACUAAGUAACAUGAAGCGGCACGAGCGGCGGCGCCAUCUGUACUUGUCGUCCGACACCUUCGGGACUUCGAAUAGUGCACAGCAUGGCCAGUUACGUAUAGACAAGGCAGCAAGGAGAAUCGACGAAUUCCCUGGUAGCGAUACGGAAAAUCUGCCAAACGUUGCUGGCGACCCAGAAAGCGAGACAGAUUUUCGCGUGGAUCACGAGAAAGGACGGACGGAACUGCAGGACCCUCCCCCCACCAAACCACAGUCUGAUUUGUUCGAGACGCAGCAAGAUGUGCCCGCAUAUAGAUGCAGCAAAAUUUCUGGCGAGCCAAGUGUCUGCAGCAGUUUUGAGCAAGAUAGCGAGGUUGUCGCUAGCGAUUUCGCCACCGAGCAGACUCUGACACAGCCCGUGUACAUGCAGGCUGCGCAGCACGUGAGCAGCGUGAGUGGAGGUAGCAACGAGCAGCAGCACGACGCGUCCACGAAGGUGAAGGGCGGCGAGUCGCAAGGUGUUGACAAUCCGGACGGAGGCGGCACUGCGCAGGGGCGUCACGGGUGCCUGGUCUGCGGCGAGAUCCUUAAGUCUAGCGGCGAAUUCGAGGAGCAUGUGGCACAGCACGCCAAGCAGAAUUCUGCAGCGGCGCCGGUUAUGAAGCAGUUCAAAUGCGAGUUCUGUCCCGCGACCUUCCGCCGCUCACGCAAUCUGGCCGAUCAUCGGCGCACUCAUACGGGUGAAAGACCGUUCCAGUGUAACCUGUGCCCGGCUGCAUUCACACAGCACAGCAACAUGAAAAGACACAAACGGUUCGUGCACAAAACGCAGUGAUUGCAAGUUUACCGACGAGUAGAUUACAUUGCUCUUUCUCUCUCACUGUCCCUUUUUUUCGUUUGUGCACUCUUCUCAUUCCUCGUCUCAGUUGCGCUCUCCGUCUCUCUUUGCUAAUUUUCUUCCUCAUUCUCUCUGCCUUUAUAUACAACCAUGAGUCAAUAAUUUAAAAAGAUUUCAUGAUACAGAUUAUCUGUUCAUCUAGUUUUGUUUUUAGAAACAGUGAUGUAGGCGAGUUGUAUGUUAUAAUGUACUUGCAUGUGUUAAAUGUUGGUUCAUAUAAGAAAUCUUUUGUCUGAAUGUACCUCUGUGUAGCAGUGUUAAAUGUUACCUGUGGCUGCGACUGUUAGUAUACACAUAAUCGCAUCAUGAAUCACUGUAAAAUGCACAAACACAUCAAUUACAUUUUAUACUUGUAUCUAUGUGUGUGUGCGUGUUUGACUGUACGAAUAAUAUGUAUAGGUCUAUUUCUUGUAAGUGCUGUAGUAAUGUGCAGUGAAUAUAUAUAUACAUAUUAUGUGUGUGUGUGUGUGUGUGUGUGUCUGUGUUAAAGUGUAAAUUGGUCAGUUUGUGUAAGUGCCCAUAACAUACAAUAGUCACUGUAGUUACGUCAGCUGUUAAAGUGAAUAGCGUCAUAUUUGAUGUAUGUAAUGUAUAUGUAAUAUACAGCAAGUUACACAUAAGAUACGAUAAUAAAAGUGACUGGGAUGAUUUAACCUCAUUUUACCUCAAGUAGAACGUGCAUAUUGAUAAUUAUUUUUACAUGAGAUAGCUUAAUUUAUCACAAGAGUCAUCGAGUUGGGUUUAUAUUUUUGCUGACAACACAUCAAAACAAUUUACCUUUAGUAUUCAUGUGUCAAGAGCUGGCUGUAUACUAUGUCUACAGAAAUGUAAAUAAAUAUUUACUUUAUCCUAAUCUA